GUACUAAGUGAAAUAAACGCGUAAAUUACUAUUAAGUGAUCAAAUAGGCUUGAAUACUAUUGAGCAGAUUUACACAGAGCCAUUUGUAAAUAAUCACUUUUAUUUAAAGUAUCAUUUUAAAAUAAUAAGCAGUUAAACUAAGGACGUUUAAAGUGAUUGAGUUAUCCGGAAGUCAUUAACUAAUUUAUUUUCCUGUCAGACGGAUAACAACAGUUUUGGUUUCCCUAGAAGCGCUGGUGGAUUAUAAUUAACGUUUGUAAUAAGUAAAGGAAGAUUUUCGGAAGGAGAGAGUCCAUGAAGAACUAACCAGCAAUGUCAGAUUAUAAGUCUAAGCUUGCAGGCAAAGGUUUUUGUAACUGGAUCAAAGCAAAUCUCGCUAUAUCUGUGACGAAGAAUGGCUUGGAGGAUGUCGUCUGUAACAAGCUGCAAGCUGUUCACCAGGAUGUUUUAAACAGCACACGAACGGACGAUCAGAUUCGCAAUAACAUUUUAUGUUCAGAUUGCACAACGCAGAGCAUUAUACACUGCUCGACAAAAUUUCCGUGCAAUAGUCGGGCAAAUGUGUGUCCAUUUCAUGAAAAAACAAAGUACCGAGAAUGUCCAAAUCGAAUUUGUGAUAGGAUUAGAGAUGAAAUAGAGAAGAGACAUGUGUUUAACAAACCGUCAUGGAAAAAUACUCGUGCUGAAGCGUGGUGUAACUCAUACUGGGAAUAUGCUAAAUGCUUUAUGCCCCCUUGUGGAUAUUCUGAUAAGCCGUCAUUCUCUGAAACAGACUUUAAUGGAAUCAUUAGUAUAGUGAGAAACGAGUCCGCUUUUGCCAGUCAGAUUGACACUAAAGAUGUCUGUGAACAAGCGCGAAGUAUUGUGAAUGCUGUAAGACAUAAUUCAGACCUUUCAGUCAGUGACCAGCAGCUUGAAGACAUAGUUACCGUCCUUCAGCAGUUUCUGUCAUGUUGCGAAGAAUUCAAGUACAAUACUCGGAUAUCUCAAGCUAGACUGAAACUGGAAGAGUUGAAGGGUGGAUCAUUUUCAAUCAAUGAGGGUGAUGUGAAACAGUGUAUGAACAAUCAAUAUGAAGAUCUUGUAAAAGAUAUGAAGGCAGACUUGAUACAGUUUAAUAAAGAUGUACAUGGAACAACGUCAAUAUCAAUGGCGAUAAAGGAGAGAGAUUUCCCUCUUCAGGAUCUAUACGUACCACCGAUAAUACACAGGGUCCACUCUGGCAAUACAAACGAAAGUGUUGACCGAAGAACAACUCCCGUGGCAACGUUAAAGGACAUAUUUUUUGGUCAUGAUGGACGCUAUCGUGAGAUUUAUUUAUGCUCUGACGCGGGACUUGGUAAGACUGUAUAUGGAAAACGACUUGCAUUGAUGUGGUGCCAAGCAAACGAAGCGGAUCAAAAUGAAUGUAACUUUACCCAGGAGGAAAUAGAUGUAAUGAAGAGUUUUGGUUUUGUAUUUUUCAUUUCAUUGAAAGAGACAGAUCAGAUACAUGGCGACGUUGAUGACAUGAUUGAAAAACAGAUAAUUCAACAACUGGCAAGAGCGACAAGCUAUAGGACUGAAUUUGUUGAAAGGGUCUUAACGAAUGAGACAUGUUUGAUUAUCCUGGAUGGUUUAGAUGAAUGGUCACAUUCCACUGAACAUAUUCCGCAUAGAAAAUCAAGGAAAACAUGCACGUUCUUCACGACAACAAGAUCUUGGAAAUUUACCGUCGCCAAGAUAAGACAAAGUAAAAUAGAUCAACAACUCGAAAUGGCAGGGAUCGACGCUGCCGGGAAACAGAAACUGAUGUCUAACGUUUUAAAAGUCCUGACAGGUGACAGUACUGAUGAUGGGUCAGCAAGUCAAUUAGUGGAUUUUAACGAAGAGAUAGCUAAAAGAAAUAUAGUAGAAUUCGAGACCAGUCCAAUGCUUUUACUUUAUCUGAUAUGUCUUUGGUUUGACAAAAAGCCACUCGGUGACUCUCGUUGCAGUUUAUAUAGCAACAUUGUGGAAAUGCUGCUACAAGAAGUAUCAAAACCGCAGAAAAUACAAAAAUUGGCAGAUGGAAACAAGAGCAUACCGAAAUGUUUCGAAGGAAACGAGCAUUGCUGCACACGUUUCCGUUUUAUCGAAGAUUUAGCCUAUCUUGCUUUUAAAACGUGCUUUAACAAAAAAACAGAAACUAAGUAUGUUUUUACAGAUGUGAUAGCAAAGAACUACAUGUCUGAGCAGUGCCUAGAAUUUUGGUUAAGGACGGGUAUCUUAACACAAAUCACAAGAAAGAUAAGGCUCACAACACGUGACAUUAGCGUGUCGUUCAUUCAUAAUACCUUUCAUGAGUUUUUCGCAGCACUGCAUCUGGCACUUGGAGAACCAGACGUUGUAACGGACGCUGUGAGAAAAGCGUGCACAGACUUGAACUCGAUUCUUCAGAAUGCAGGUAUUUUUGUAUUCCUUUGUGGACUUAGUCCCGCCACUGGCAGCAUGAUUUUGAAUAGUUUGUCUGAACUUCUAGCAAAUGAUGAACUCACACAAAGGCUUAGGAAGAACACCUACGCUUUUCUUGAUUAUUGGGAAAUCUGUGAUUUAAAACAAGACUUUCAGAAUAUGAUGGUUACCUGUGUGAAUGAAUCUAAAGACAAUGGUUAUAUUUCUAAUUAUCACUUAGAAGAUAUUUUUUUGAAUUUUGAUAGUGAACCAAAGAAACGUUAUAUUAGCGCUUUGUGUGAUUUGACUGAACACAAGAAUGUUAAAUCUAUAAAAUUUGGUCGGUCUCUUGCCCCUGGAAAUGUACAUAAUUUGCACAAAAUCCUGAAUGUACAAAACAUGACAUCACUACAGAAACUUGAUUUAUGGGGUCAUCCAGACAAAAAAGAUGUAGAGAUUCUACUUCAGGCAUCCCCAAAAACACUAACGUGUCUUCUUCUUCACGGAUGCGAAAUGAAAGGUACUAGAGAACUUGAAAAACAUAUAGAGAUAUCUGAAGACAGUUUUGAUUCACUGCAGACUUUGGUCAUCCUCGAUAGCAUAGACCUGUACUGCAUCGCGCUAAAACAUGAACUGAUACGAAAAAUACUCACAUGGCUAGAAGAGAGAACAUGUAUGAAACAAAUUAAGGUUGCUCGCAUAAAGUGCUUAGACCAUCCAGAUUGCAAUUGCAAUUCUGACGAAUUUAUAUUCGAUCUGUCAGAACACAAGCAUCUUGACAUCGUUGGAGUAGGAGAUAUGUGCGUUGCUGAUGUCAAGGUCAACUCGUUGGCUUUACAGGAAUUUUGGGCGGAAUGUAGUGAGCCAGUUGUUACAUCCUUUUUGACCAGCUACGCUCCUUCGGCUAGCAAGCUUCACACACUUGUUGUUGAGUUUAUUGACUCGGCAGCAGUUGUUGAAUGCAUUUUGGAUAAGUUGCCAUAUUUGGACGGUAUUCGUUAUCUUCAGCUGAAAGGCAUGGCUCUGCAAGAAAGGGAAGUGAUAUUAUCAAAGAAGCAAACUGUUAAACAUAUACGACUAAUAGAACUAAAGAUGGAAAGUAGAGCGCUGAACAACUUAAUAGAGGCGUUAGGGACAUACAGCAAUUCCGUCACUGUGGAAAUAGCGUCAUGUGACAUAAGACCAGACAAGGACGAUGAAAAUAUCUGCUUUGAAAACAUUAGAGAUAUGAUUGACAAGAAAUUUACUGUGAUUGCAAAUUUGAGGUGUUCUGGACAUGAUAAUGCUUUUGCAUUUAGAACAGUUUCAUUUGAUAGAGGCUUGCCAGGUCCAUUGUAGUUAUAAGACUUUGAAGGGAAUAAAACAAGUGUAGCAAUAACAAAAUAACACAUGUUUGAAGUUAAUGGAAAUGCAACAUAUUAUGCAGAUACAUUGUGUAAUAUCAUAAAUACAAAGAAAACACUUAAGCAUGUAGGAGCGAAUUUUUUCAAACGUAAAGAAUUUUUUCAUACUCUGUGAGCUUGAAGAACAUUUGUUUUCAAGACAAACAAGAGAAGACAAAAUAUAGGUCACCGGACUCGUUUUAAUUUUAUAGGGCAUUUUCUUCACCCACUGCUUAAACAUUUCUGAAAUUUUGUAAAAUUAGAAAAAUGGUGGUUUUUUAUAAAACAUAUAAUAUCCCACUUAAUGUUAUAGGGAUUUCAGGUGUUACAGGUUAAUAUGAAUACAAGGUGAUGCCAGAAUUAUAUAUAUAAGCAUAAAUGUCACUAACAAUCCUCUUUCAUUUUCACAUAUUGACAUUAUUACCCCACCCACUUUAUUGUCAGUGGAAGAAAACGUAUUUAGAUCUACAGAAAAAAAAUUAUGACGUUAAGAUUUUCAAAAUAUUUUGCAACUUUAAUGACCCACAAACAUUCUUCAAAAUGGAAAGAAAACAAUUAUGGGUCACCGUGCAUCUUUGAGAUUUAUUAAGAAAAAACUGUUAAAAAUUGGUGAAUUUUGAUAUUUUUUGUUCUUUUUGUUUUAAUAUAUGUUUUCUAGAUAACGUAUUGUGCUAUCUUGAAAACCUUUAUUUCAAUUAUAGCUCAUCAUUAUAUGUAUCAGUCAGGAAAAUUUCAAAACCAAACCUAAUCUAAUUUAAUAGAUAUUUGACAUUACCUACCCCUACCCCAUUGUAAAUCUUACGUAAAUUUUAGGUAAAUACCAGCCAAAAAUAAGGGUGAAAAAUUUUUUUUCGCAAAAAGUAGAAUUUAUUUGCUUAAAUGGUACAUUAUUAGGCAUAUUUUAAUUAUUUAUCAUUAAUUUUUGGCAAAACUUUUGUUAGAUAGCACUAUUCGGAGAAACAUUUUUCAAAAUGGCGGAUAUCCUGAAAAAAAAACGCUUGUACAUCCUUAAACAGGCUACCUUCUGUGCCUUUAUCGAUUGAUGAUUUAUGCUUUGCAUUUACUAUAUCAGACUCUGUCAAAAUGUAUAAGAACCAAUGGAGUGUUUACAGAUCGGUUUGAUAGUGCUUGCAGGCUACCACAAGGCUGUUCAUUAUCACCUUAGUUGUUUAAUUGAUUUAAUGAAUUAGUCACUGGAAUUUAGGCUACUGGGAAGGCGCUUAAAUUGAAGAUAAAGUGUUUGUAUUUUACUGUAUGUUGAUGAAAUUAUUCUAGUAGCUGAGAAUGAAACUGAUUUAUAGCAUUUGUUAGAUGUUUUCUCCAAUUAGUGUUCUGUUAAUAUGACAACAGUUAAUUUUCAAAAAAGUAAUAUUGUGCAUUUAAGACCUCGGUUGGUUAAUAGAACAUCUUUUCUUGCAUACCAGACGUAGAUUUCCGGCUGGAAAAAAACAUCUUACACCCCGUACUGUAAAUGACGUAUGACGAACUACAUAUAUGUAGAAGUUAUGCAGUGAUUUAUAUUUUAUUUCACAAACGGAAUAAAAAUGGAAUACCUUGACAGGUCCUCUUAGUUCCUGAUAGUAAAUUUCUCGAUUCAAAAAAACGUUAUUUUAUCAAAAAACCAUAACGUUACGCUGCAACUGAUAAAACAAAACCGGAACUAAGCUUUGUCAUUUGUCUUUGAAAUGUCCUGACGUCGUUCCUGUUUACGGACGUUGGUUUACCGCGCUUUGUUUAAAUACGCUACUAUAAGGAGUAAGAAUAAGAAAAAAGAAAGCCAUUCGAUUGAUUUUAUUUUUACAAUAAUUUCUUGAAUUUGGUAUGCAAGAAAAAGGUUCGAUCACUGGCUGUAUGUGCAGACGGGAAUAUCUGGCUCUCGGGAAACUGUUUACGCGGUAACUUGGCGGAGCCUCGUUACCGCCUAAACAGAUACACUAGAGCCAGAUAGAUUUCCGGCUGGAAAAAAACAUCUUACACCCCGUGCUGUAAACGUUGGUUUACCGCGCUUUGUUUAAAUACGCUACUAUAAGGAAUAGUUCUUAAAAGAAAGUCAUUCGAUUUAUUUUAUUUUUACAAUAAUUUCUUGAAUUUGGUAUGCAAGAAAAAGAUUCGAUCACUGGCUGUAGGUGCAGACGGGAAUAUCUGGCUCUCGGGAAACUGUUUACGCCGUAACUUGGCGGAGCCUCGUUACCGCCUAAACAGUUACACUAGAGCCAGAUAUUCCCAUCUGCGCCUACAACAAGUGAAAGAGUCUUAUAGUAGUUUCACAUUAUGAAGACAUUUUGUUUUUUAAAUUGUCGACUAUUACCCUAUUCAAAUCUUCAUUUGCAUGAGCUAAACCGCAAAGUCUGUGGCGCAAAGUGCUGUAGGGGACUUGGACUCCUAAAAGCAAAGUUAAAAAGGUUUGGUUGUUUAACAUAUAUGUUUAUACGAAAACAAACAAAAUGCAAGCACAAGAUACAAAAAACUGAUAAUAUACAUUUGUAGUUUGUUACAACAAUUUGGUCAAAUUAAUCUACGUGGUUUGCAAAAUUCAUGUACUCAUUUUUCAUCGCAAAGAGAUAAUAGCAGUAUAGAAGUAUAUAUCCUUGUGUGGAAAAAAACUGUUAAACUAGUAAAACUGGUCUUAUUGGUUAUGGCAUGAAUAAGCACAAACAUCAAAUUAAUCUACGUGAUUUUCAUGAAUUACAUGUACUCAUUUUUCAUCACAAAGAUUUAGUGAUUUGUUGGUAAUAGCAGUGUAAAAUUAUGUGUCCGUGAGUGCAAAAAAAAAAAGUUCAACUAGUGAAACUUGUCUUGGUGGUCAUGGCAUAAAUAAGCACAGAACUUACAAAUUAUUUAAAAACAUAUUUCGAAACCGAGACUUAUGUGUCUAUACCUAUACUGUACCUAUUAAACCCAGAGCACACUAGCUAAGUUUAGAAAUGUUUUAUUUGAUAACGCUAAGGAUAUUGAUGUGAAUCUUUAUGACAUGGGCGAUGUGCAUACAUGUAUGUUUGUACUCGCUAAUGAUGAUAGCAAAAUUAAUCGCCAAAAUCAGCUUCAGUAUGCUGAAAAUUUGUUUUAAUACUUUGUACAAAUAUAUUAGUUACAGCUACUCAGAAAUAAUUUAUUUUAGCAUACUUGUCCCGUUUUCACAAAAAAACUUAAUUCUAAUUAUAACAUAAGUCUGAUAAACGACUCAAGAGGGUGAUUACGUUUGAGAGCGGUUCACCAAAUGUCUUAAGUUAUUGCUCAGUUGAGUGAAAACUAUCGAUUCAAAUAUUUUAAUAUUCGUAUUGAUAUAAGCUACAAUUAUGAUAACUCUUCAGAGCUCGCACAGUAGAAGGAAUAAAACUGGAGCGUAACCAGAAUAGAAUUCAUGGGCGGUAGGGGAGAGGAACGAAAAGUUGGACUCUCCAACGCAUUAAAAAUGAUCCCUCAAAGAAAAGUUGAAACCUAUAGCGCUCCCUAAUUUCUGACCUAGAUAGAACCUCUAAAGGAUUUAUCCUGUCGGGUAUAACCCUUUCAAUGCGCUGUCUUCGGCGAAGUCGCUCAAUGCGUCUAGCAAAGUCGGCCAUAUUUGAGUGGAUAACUUUAAUUUGAGGAAGCCUUAGAGCUGUCUCAAAUUAACAGACUCAUCCUCAAGGUUCAAGUACUUACCUGAGUCGAUAAAAUGUUCGUGAAACACAUCUCAAAUAAUUACUCAACUUAAGUCAAAAGAUGAGUACACUACUGAGUUUAGAUAGUUACAACAGACUUAAGUUUUUUUUUGUGAAACCAGGGCCCAUUGAUGAUAAACGAAUCUUAGUAUACUUCAUAAAAUAAAGACACGUACUUUGUCGAACAGUGGGAUUUUUGAGCAUCAAAGAUCAUGGAUCAGCUUGCAACUGUAAUAUGACUGUUUAUUAAUGGUCGAGUUAUAUAUACCAACCAUUGUAGUAUUUAUAAUUUUAGGUACAUGAUAACUACCCUGUUACGUUUGAAUAAUAUAUCAUGCUUUAUCUACAGUGCUCUGUUUUACUUCAACUUUUUAAAUGCUUGAUGGUUCUAGGUACCUCAAAGUCCUACAAAUUCUUGUAAAAUACAAAAAUGUAUUGACUGUAUUCUGUGAUAAGUCUUUGCUUAAUUAAAAUAAAUUUUAAUUUCUGUGA